AGUUCCACAUGUAUACUGUUAAAAGUAUCAAAUGAACAGAACUCUCAAAAGCUUAUGUUAUGAACAUCUUGUUGGUCCCUAAGGCACUACUGGACUCAAAUCUAGCUGUGUAACAACUAGGUCAGGUUAACAUUCCAUUAUCAUACAUGUAAAGGGCAGGGAGCAUUGUUUUACUCCUUUGGGGAAAUAUAUAUUCCCCACCUCGCUCCCUGCAUUAGAAAUUAAUAAAAGAGGGGAAAUGUGACAGGAAAAUGUGACUGAACAGACAAAAGUAUGGAGCUGGGUGAAAGGAAAGGAAGAGGGAAAAGGACUACUGGAAACGACACUCUUGUUAGGAGGCCGCAGCCUGACAUUGUAGCAGUUGUGAGCUGGGCUGGCGGUCUAGCCUUGAUCUAGUGCUGGCUUGGUUGAUGGGUUUAGCAGGGUAUGCAAGCAUUUGUCUGCUUGUAGUAGACAUUGCAGAAAGGCUCCCUAAUCAGAGCUGCUACCAUUUACUGUACUCUGCCGUUCAUGCGCUCUUAGUGGCUGCAGUGCAAAACUGCGUAGAAUUUAAAUGCAGCAAGACUCUAAUUUCAGGGACCCUCAAGCUGACUCUGGCUCCAGGAGGUUUGUUCUUGCAACCUCUGGGUUCAGAAAUACCUGGAGAUUUGAGGGUGGACCCUGGGAAGGGAGGGACCCCAGUAGUCAUGCAGCCAACCUUCCACAGAAGCCAUUUUCUCGAGCAGCAGCGUAAUGAAUAUUUAACAUAAUUUUAAAAAAUGGUUUAUAUAGUUGGAGAUCUCCAGAGCUGACCUGGCGGCUAGUAAAUAGCAAUCCUACCACAGUCCGCUCUUCUUGCCAGCCUUGCCUGCUAUCACUUCACCAGGUUUGAGAUAACCAAGGAAAGCAACUCUUUUGCAAGUACUUUUUCCCCCUAUCAAAUGGAGGGAUUAGGACAGGAAAACCCUGACAGAAAACAAUGCAAGGCUCUGAACGUGCAAAAAGUAAAAUUUCCCCAUUUACUUAUGGGUCUUGGAACAAAGGCAAAAUACAAAUGGAGUAAAUUUUGUCUUUCUGUUAUCCUGGAGGAUGUUCAGCACUGUUGUAUCUUCACCACCAACAAAGAAUAACAUCGAAGAUGUCUGAAAGCAAGUGAUUCAUGGUAUUCCCCACAGAAGCAGUUUUUGUUUGACUGGAAGGAAGUUAAGUGUCUCUGUGAGUGUUUCUCUGAUGAGUAAAUAUUUGAGGUUAUGUAUUAACUAGUGUCCUCUGGAUCUAAUGGCAGAACUGUAGGCAACAGUGAUUCAGCUGGUGAAAUCAGUAAGUCUUUUGGAAGUUUCUCUGCCCUCUGAUUUUCCUUACUAGAUUAACUUUUUUAAAACUAGCUAAAAUUUAUUAAAGGUUGCAUGUGUGGAAAAUAACUGUGGGAAUCUGGUAAGGCAAAAAUGAGAAAGGAAUGUUUAAUUUAAUCUCUGAUAUCCCUCUGGCUUUGGAAACACAAACCUCUUGAAAGUCAGUGGAGUAAUUUUUAGAUAGGAACAUAAAAGUUCAUAGAAUAUGAAGAGAAAUGUACUGUCAUGAAUAGACACAACCAUGUCAGCUAAUUGGCUAUGUAAAGCAAUGAGGAGCCAUACCAGGAUAAAAUUACUGCCAGUUUCUAUAAGAUAAGUACAUGGCUAAAUAUAAAAACCGAGCUGAACAAUGUGCCAUAUUUUGUAUUCCAAGUCACACAUCUUGGAAUGUGUUUCAAUAAAUGAAAAUAUUAAUAUUAAAAAAAAGACACAGGAGCACACAUUUCCCUAAAAUCUGUUGUCUACUUUUAUGGUUAUUCUCUUAGAUCUUAAGUGUGGUGCAAUGCGGAAAAACAUUACCCUUUGGUUGUUUGCAGCUGCCUUUUUAUUGCCUAGUGGACAUGAAGCCUCAGUGUUUUACAGUGACAGGGAAGCAAAUCAAGUACUGAAAAUACAGAAGAGGGCAAAUAGUUUCUUGGAAGAGCUCAAAGGAGGCUUUUUGGAGCGAGAAUGUUAUGAAGAACAAUGUGACUUUGAGGAAGCCAGUGAAAUAUUUAAAACCAAGGAAGCAACACUGAAUUUUUGGACAAAAUAUAUUGAUGGAGAUCAGUGUGAAAAUGUGACAUGUGUCAAUGGAACCUGCGUGGACAGCUUUGAGCGAUUUAGCUGCGUUUGUAACUCAGGAUGGGAGGGUCACCUGUGCCAACAUGAUAAUGCCUUUUUUCAUCACUUCUUUUAUUGCUCUUGCUACCCAGUGACCAACUACACCAACUGCUCUAUUGACAAUGGAGGCUGUGACCAUUUCUGUCAUGAGGAUGAAGUGAAGGACCAGCGUUCCUGCAGUUGUGCUUCAGGAUACCAACUGAAGGAUGAUCACACUUCUUGUCAAACUGUUGUGGAGUUCCCCUGUGGGAGAGUUGUGGAUCCCCAGUCUCCGAUCAGCGGGCUGAACAUAAAACUCAUUUCAGGGAAACCUGGAAAAAAAGGAGACAGCCCUUGGCAGGUUAUGCUGAUCAAUGGAGCAGGAAAAUUUAAGUGUGGGGGUGUUCUCAUACACCCCACCUGGGUGCUAACAGCUGCUCAUUGUUUGGAGGGUGAAGGAGUAUUCAAAUUGAAAUUUGGCAAAUAUCACCGCUGGCGAACAGAUGAUGGAGAGCAAGCUAUCUUCACCGAUAAGCUAGUGCCUCAUGAAAACUACUCCAGAAGUACCUCUGAUAAUGACAUUGCACUGCUGCACCUGGCCCAUCCAGUUUUCUUCAACAAGUACGUGCUGCCCAUAUGCCUACCCAUCAAGAACCUUGCAGAGGAGCAGCUAAUGAAAGAAGGGACACGGAUGGUGGUGACUGGCUGGGGCAGCCAGAGUGGGAACUCAGCAAAUAACUACACUUCUGUCCUCAAUUACAUCGAAAUCCCAGUGGCACCUCGGAAUGAAUGUGUCCAUGCUAUGCAUAAUUCAGUUUCAGAUAACAUGCUGUGUGCAGGGAUCGUAGGAGAUCAGAGGGAUUCCUGUCAUGGGGACAGCGGUGGUCCUAUGGUCACUCAGUUCAAGAACACCUGGUUCCUAGUCGGGUUGGUGAGCUGGGGAGAAGGCUGUGGGAAACUUGAUAACUUUGGAAUCUACACAAAGGUCAGCUCUUACCUUGAAUGGAUUAAUCAGCAAAUAAAAGCACCACUAAAACCUGAAAAAGGAAAGUAACAAUCACUUUGGUAACGUGCUCAAUUUUAUCGUAUGGCAAGCAUUUUCUGCUAAUAAAUACAGAGUAUACCAAA